UGUUUUAGCUUUUGAGGCGUGCACCGAAGCAAACCCUCACUAAACCCUUAGGUUACUUUCAUACAACCACUGUUUAUAAGCUCAUCCGCACUUUUAGCCUACACACGGAGUUCUGACGUUCGAUCUAAACGUAGUUCCUUCGUUGGAAUUAGACUGUUGAUUCAACGUUGUUGGAGAGCUGGAUUUCAAUUCCUGCAUUUUCUCCCGCAAGAUUGUGUUUGAACCUUUACUGUUCCGAACCCACAAGUCUUGGAGCCAGAACGUAGGAGGGAAAGGACAAGAAAAAGCCAAAAAGGCUAUCUGAAACAUGCUCUCCUUGUUGUGUCUCAUGCUGUUUGUUGCACGUGUGUUCUCCUCAUCGACACCAGUGGCUGGAAUCUUCCCCCAGGACCCGGCGUUGCGGAUGGGCUCCAGCCUGACGGCCACGUGCACAGUGAGCCCCGAGCGGGGGCUGCAUGCCAACACUAUGUACUGGACCCUUAACGGGAAGAGACUCCCUAGUAGCACGUACGACCUGCUGAGCCCCAACUGCCUCAGUGUCACUCUGCACCACCUCAAUGGCUCCCAGCAACAGUCUGGGGACAACCUGGUGUGUCACAGCGGAGAUGGACAUGUCCUGGCUGGCUCCUGUCUCUACGUGGGCAUGCCCCCGGAGAAGCCGGUCAACCUAACCUGCUGGUCCCGAAACACAAAGGACCUGAGCUGCAAGUGGACCCCUGGGGGUCGGGGCGAAACCUUCAUCAAAACCAAAUACACCCUCAAGUACAAAUUGAGGUGGUACGGGCGAGAGAGGGAAUGUGAGGACUACAGCACGGGGCAACGCUACACGUGUUACAUCCCCCGGGACUUGGCCCUCUUUACUCCCUACGAGAUCUGGGUGGAGGCAUCCAAUCAGCUGGGGACUGCCACCUCUGAUGUCAUCACUCUGGAUAUCCUGGAUGUGGUGACCACAGACCCUCCAGACAACGUCCAUGUGAGUCGUGUGGGGGAGCUUGAGGACCAGCUGACAGUGCGUUGGGGCAGCCCCCCGGCACUCAAAGACUUCCUCUUCCAGGCCAAAUACCAGAUACGCUACCGACUGGAGGACAGCACUGAAUGGAAGGUGGUGGACGAUGUAGGUAACCAGACAUCGUGUCGGCUAGCGGGGCUAAGGGCAGGGACGGUGUACUUUGUCCAGGUGAGGUGCAACCCAGUGGGGAUCUACGGCUCCAGGAAGGCUGGGAUCUGGAGUGACUGGAGCCACCCUUCAGCUGCCUCCACACCCCACAGUGAGCGGCUGCAGAGUGGGUCAUGUGAGCCCAAGCCAGGCGAACAGAACUCCACCCUGCGACGGGAGCUCAAGCAGUUCUUUGGCUGGGUUCGCAAACACGCCUAUGGCUGCAGCGGCAUGUCAAUCAAGCUCUACGACCAGUGGCGGGUGUGGCUGCAGAAAUCGCAUAAAACACGCAACCAGAUUCUAUAAGGCGAUAAAUCAUAACACAUCAUUGAAAUAUUUAAGCAACAUUCACAACAGCAACUGAGAAACUGUCAGAAGGCCACUUUGAGGCCUCUCGGUGAAAGCGAUCCAACACUGGAUAUUCCAGCAUUUGGUCACACACAACAACUCUUCUUUGUAGGAAUCCAUGUGGAACAGAAAAAGAACUGAUGCAAGACGCCAGCGUGUUACACUGCUGUCUGCAGCCCUGGAUUAAAAUAGAGUGGAAUCCCAUCUCUAAGAACUUCUCCUCUCCAUCCCCUCCUCUCCACACAAACACACUCUUACACUCACAUCUCCUGGGAGUGCCAAAGUGGAGAGCCUUUUUCUGAGCACAUUUCAGACCAAGGCCCUCUGAUCGCUGAGUGGGAGCAUGGAAAAGUUUCUUAAUGUAGCAUUAGUAUGUGCUCGACUCAGAUGGCCAUAAAUCAUCUUACAGACUACCGUCAGAUCAGACACAUAGUGGCCACCAUCACAGGCUUUUACCACAGACACAAGGGCAUUAUGCAAUCUUGCUGGAAUGUCAUAUACAGUAUAAAGAACUUCACUAAUUCAGCUCCUGUUCUGGAAACUCAAUCACAGAACAUUUGUCAGAAUUCAAGAAGAUGAAGGUAUUUUCAUAAUGCAUUUCCAUUCUAACAACUUUAAUAGCCACACAGUUGUCUUAGCCACACUAUAUAUAAACAAAAGUAUGUGGACACCACUUCAAAUUAGUGGACUUGGUUAUUUCAGCCACACAGGUAUAAAAUGGAGCACACCGCCAUGCAAUCUCCAUAGACAAACAUUGGCAGUAGAAUGGCUUUAGUGAAGAGCUCAGUGACUUUCAACGUGGCACCUUUCCAACAAGUCAUUUGGUCAAAUUUCUGCUCUGCUAGAGCUUCCCCGGUCAAUUGUAAGUGCUGUUAUUGUGACGUGGAAACAUCUAGGAGCAACAACGGCUCAGGCGCAAAGUGGUAGGCCACACAAGCUCACAGAACAGGACCACCGAGUGCUGAAGUGGGUAGCACGUAAAAAUCAUCUGUCCACUACAGAGUUCCAAACUGCAUCUGGAAGCAACGUCAGCACAAGAUCUGGCCGUUGGGAGCAUCACGAAAUGGGUUUCCAUGGCCGAGCAGCCGCAUACAAGCCUGAGAUCACCAUUCGCAAUGCCAAGCGUCGGCUGGAGUGGUGGAAAGCUCACUGCCAUUAGACUCUGGAGCAGUGGAAAUGCAUCCUCUGGAGUGAUGUAUCACGUGUCACCAUCUGGCAGUCUGACUGGGUUUGGGUUUGGCGGAUGCCAGGAAAACGCUACCUGCUCCAAUGCAGUGCCAAUUGUAAAGUUAGGUGGAGGAGGAAUAAUGGUCUGGGGCUGUUUUUCAUGGUUCAGGCCCUUUAGUUCCAGUGAAGGGAAAUCUUAACACUAGAGCAUACAAUGACAAUCUAGACGAUUCUGUGCUUCCAACUUUGUGGUAACAGUUUGGGGAAGGACCUUUCCUGUUCAGCAUGACAAUUCCUCUGUGCGCAAAACAAGGUCCAUACAGGAAUGGUUUGUCGAGAUCGGUGUGGAACGCCGACUGCGAGCCAGGCCUAAUUGCCCAACAUCAGUGCCCAACCUCACUAAUGCUCUUGGCUGAAUGGAACCAAGUCCCCGCAGCAAUGUUCCAACAUCUAGUGGAAAGCCUUCCCAGAAGAGUGGAGGCUGUUAUAGCAGCAAAGGAGGGGGACCAACUCCAUAUUAAAUUUACAUGAUUUUAGAAAGAGAUAUUUGACAAGCAGGUGUCCACAUACUUUUGGUCAUGUAGUGUAUGCAUUAAUGGUUGUAAUUGCAUAGGUCUUUUAAUUACAAGAACUUGGUUGGUAUGCUCAUAUACCGUUUUGUGGAUUGGCUGGUGUAUACAGUCAUAGCAAUUGAACUUCAGAUAUUUCUGCAGUUUGUUGGUCAUAUGGAAGUGUUUUCUUGUUCUUUGGGUUUGUACUACUCUGGAUUCCUUUUGUUGAAAUAAGUGGCACAAUGUUUAACUGUAUAUACUGUGUGAGUGACUGCAGAUGAGGACAUUUUUAUAUUGCUUAUAUUUUUGUAUAUGAAUAUUUAAGAAAUCCUAAUUAAUAAUUUCCCUCAUUAAGUUAUGUUCAGUUAUCAAUGAUAAUUAUAACUAUCAAAUAUUUUGGCCAUUUGUCUAUAAAACAAUAACUCAUGCCUUGAAA